CAGUAGGAACCGUACCAUCUUGCAGGAGUAUAAAUUGCCAGCAGGGAGACCGGAGCCCCACACUGAAGGCAACAUGCAAGUCCUCCUCCUGCUCGCAGGUCUAGGGUUCUGCUGGGGGCAGUACAGCCCCAACACUGAGGCCGGGAGGACGUCUAUAGUACAUCUCUUUGAGUGGCGCUGGGCUGAUAUUGCUCUUGAGUGCGAGCGCUAUUUAGGUCCUUAUGGAUUCGGAGGAGUUCAGGUUUCACCUCCAAAUGAAAACAUUGUCAUUACUAACCCACACAGACCCUGGUGGGAAAGAUACCAGCCCAUCAGCUACAAGCUCUGCACUCGGUCAGGAAAUGAAGAUGAGUUCAGAGACAUGGUGACCAGAUGCAACAACGUUGGAGUUCGCAUUUAUGUGGAUGCUGUGGUCAACCACAUGUGUGGCUCCGGGGGUGGCUCAGGCACUCAUUCUACCUGCGGAAGCUACUUUAAUGCCGGUAACAGAGAUUUUCCAGCUGUGCCAUACUCUGGCUGGGAUUUCAAUGACGGCAAAUGUAAAACUAGAAGUGGAGAAAUUGAAAGUUAUGGUGAUAUCUAUCAGGUCCGGGACUGUCGCUUGUCUGGCCUUCUGGAUCUGGCCCUGGAGAAGGACUAUGUCCGCUCAAAAGUUGCUGACUACAUGAACCAUCUCAUUGAUAUUGGCGUAGCAGGCUUCCGAAUUGAUGCUGCCAAGCAUAUGUGGCCUGGCGACAUUAAAGGAUUUCUGGACAAGCUGAAAAAUCUAAAUACUCAAUGGUUUUCUGCAGGAACAAGACCUUUCAUUUACCAAGAGGUAAUUGACUUGGGUGGAGAGCCGAUCACAGGCUCACAGUACUUUGGAAACGGCCGAGUGACGGAAUUCAAAUAUGGUGCCAAACUGGGGACGGUGAUCCGCAAGUGGAAUGGAGAAAAGAUGGCUUACUUAAAGAACUGGGGAGAAGGCUGGGGCUUUGUGCCUUCCGACAGAGCCCUGGUCUUUGUGGAUAAUCACGACAACCAGCGGGGACAUGGGGCCGGUGGGGCUUCCAUUCUGACCUUCUGGGAUGCCAGGCUUUAUAAAAUGGCAGUUGGUUUCAUGCUUGCUCAUCCAUAUGGGUUCACACGUGUGAUGUCAAGUUUUCGCUGGCCAAGAAAUUUUGUAAAUGGACGGGACAUCAAUGACUGGGUUGGCCCACCAAGUAACUCAGAUGGAUCAACAAAGGCUGUUACGAUCAACGCAGACACUACCUGUGGCAAUGACUGGGUUUGUGAACAUCGCUGGCGUCAAAUCAGGAACAUGGUUGUCUUCCGUAACGUGGUGGAUGGUCAGCCUUUCUCCAACUGGUGGGACAAUGGCAGCAACCAAGUAGCUUUUGGCCGUGGCAAUAAAGGCUUCAUUGUUUUCAAUAAUGAUGACUGGGAUAUGAACGUCAGUUUGCAAACUGGGCUGCCUGCUGGUACCUACUGUGACGUUAUUUCUGGACAAAAGGAGGACAACCGAUGCACUGGAAGUCAGGUGUAUGUUUCUGAGGAUGGACGGGCUAAUUUCAAGAUUAGUAACCACGCUGAAGAUCCAUUCAUGGCAAUUCAUGUUAAUGCCAAGUUGUAACUCGGGCGAGACAUCUUUCUCCGUUUGGUCUCUGCAUCAUCGAUUUCCCCGUAACUGGUGAAUCCCUGGUAUUUGAGCAGGAGUGAUUCUCUGUAUCUAAUGAAUAAUAAAUGGCAAGCAAAUUGAA